AUAUUUUCCACCAAGUAUUUUUGAGAUUUUACUUUUAUACAUUUUCGCGUCAUUUUCCAUUUUUAAUUGUGAUUUUAUUAUUUCAGCUUGACUUAGACUAUCUUCCAGACAACUUCUUCAGAGAUGACAUCCACUAUGACGGUCAACGCCACAUCAUCUUCUCUAGUAAUCGCCAACUCAGUGAACUCGCCAAAGAUAAGACCUGGUAUAUUGACGGCACAUUCAAGAUAGUGAGGAAACCAUUCGCACAACUACUCAGCAUCCACUCCUUCAUUAAGUCCGACUCAGACAUCAAACAGCUUCCUCUAGUCUUUGUAUUGAUGUCCAGAAGAAGAAAGAAAGAUUACAAGAAGGUUCUUAGCUCCCUCAUAACCAUGCUACCAGACCAGUUAAAGGUUAAGCUGUUUGUUGCGGACUUUGAGAGUGGCCUAUGGAGAGCUCUUACUUCAGUUUUCGACGACCCUGUCAUCCAAGGUUGUGUGUUCCAUUGGACACAAGCCAUUUGGAGGAAGACACAAGAACUUGGUUUGCAGCCUACUACCAGAAGGACACGGUGUAUAAGUUUGUCAAGAAUCUCAUGGCCUUACCAUUUCUACCAGCAGAACACAUCCCUUCUACCUUUGAAGACAUUGCCACCAAAGCAAAAUCCGCCAGAACCAAAGAGCUUGCUGAAUACGUUAAGAACACUUGGCUGUCAUCAACCGUUUGGCUAGUACCAUCGUGGAGUAUCUUCAUG